AUGUUUCGAAUUUCAUAUCCCACCUACUUAAGACCACACCUAGCGUACUCUAUCCAAGCAUCUGGUCCGUGUCUUAAUAUGUAUACCGACUCGCUUCAGCAUAUUCAGCAUGCGGGAACAAAUUUAGUGAAGAUUCUUUCUAAAAUACCCUACAAGAAGGUUCACAAAUCGCGAUCUAAUAAACCUAAAGUAGGUGUUAGUAUUUUCACAUCUAGUGCUUUUAAUUUCGAGUGGCAAAUGAAAGGGAACGCUUUGCUCUAUUGGUUUCUGUGGUUUCUUAUUGUCAAUGUCUUUGUCGAUGAAGCACAAAUAAACACUAUUUCUUCAGUUAACAAAGUACUCCAAGCAUUCGAAAGUGGAUUUGAUCCGGAAGUUUACCAAAACAUAACAGAAGUAAUAUCCUCUAAAGGCUACACAUCUGAAGAACACUAUGUUACCACCAAAGACGGUUUUAUUUUAUGUAUUAUAAGAAUUUUACCGAAAUGUCACGUGGCUUCAGGAAGACAAAAAGUUGUAUUCCUUCAACAUGGCCUUUUAGAUUCUGCCCAUACUUGGGUUAACAAUUUACCAGACGAAAGUUUAGGAUUUAUACUUGCUGAUAAUUGCUAUGAUGUGUGGCUUGGUAAUAGUCGUGGGAGCACCUAUUCAUCAAAUCAUCAGUAUUUAAAGCCCGAUGACAAAGAGUUCUGGGAGUUCUCUUGGGAUGAAAUGGGCAAAUACGACCUACCAGCAACACUGAUCUACAUUCUUAAUUACACUAAUGCUGAAAAACUGAGCUACAUCGGUCAUUCACAGGGAUGCCAAAUUCUUUUGGCAUGUUUUGAUGAACAUCCUAUAAUGCAAUCAUUUAUUAAUUUAUUCAUCGCCUUAGCGCCAGCUGCUUACCUUGGUUCAAUUAAAAGUCCUAUACGUUAUAUUGCACCAUUUGCAAAAACAGUCGAACCAGUUAUUGAAUGGUUUGGAAAUGGUGAAUUUUUACCUUCAGGUAAAAUUAUGCAGUUUCUAGGAUUAUUCUUAUGCAAACCAAAUCAUAUUCCCUUUGUAUGUAGUAAUAUAAUGUAUUUAAUUGCUGGAUAUGAUUCUAAAAAUACAAAUGUGAGUCGUUUACCAAUUUAUGUUGCACAUACACCAGCUGGAACAUCAGUUCAAAAUAUGGUACAUUAUUGUCAAGGUAUAGUUACUGAUCGCUUUCAAAAAUACGAUUAUGGUCCUACAAAAAACUUACAAAUUUACAAUCAAUCAUAUCCACCAUUAUAUAAUAUUUCUCAGCUUAAAAUACCUAUUAUCAUUUAUUACGGUGGUCAUGAUUGGCUUGCAUCUUAUAAUGAUGUUCAUAAACUUAUUAAACAAAUUAAUUAUACAAUUUCAUCCAUACAUUAUUUUCCAGAAUAUAAUCAUUUAGAUUUUGUUUGGGGUUUAAAUGCUGGCAAAUUGUUAUAUCCAUUAAUAUUAAAACAACUUUCUAAAGUUUAAUUAAAAUCAUCAUCAUCAACAACAACAACAACAACAAAAAAUAGAUAUGAUUUUCUCUAUGUAAAAGUGUGUGUGUGUGUGUGUGGACGCGCGCACGUCUACGGUACUGUUUGGACUGAUUUCCAUUCAUUUAAUUUUACAUUGUUUAUUUAUUUAUUUACUUUGUAAUGUUUACUUAUCACUGAUAUCAUUAUUUCAUAUUGAUUAUUAUUUAUUAUGAUCAUCACUAUGGUGAUUUUCGCUUCUUCCUCCCCCCCCCUCUUCUUUUUUUUGAAAUUUUUAUCUCCAACAAAUUAUGUGUAAAAAAAAACGGAACAAAACAAUUCUGUCAUAGAAAAAUUUGCAAAGAAAGUUAUUUCCAAAUUAUCAUUAUCUUGAUCAAACAAUUCAAGUUUUAACGUCUUAUGUAUUUAUUUAUUUAUUUAUUUAUUUUACUUUUUGAUAUUCGAAAUCUGAUUAUUAAAAAAAAACAACUUUUAGGAAUAAAGAUUUGAUAAUGUUGUGUUAAGUUUUAGAAUUAUUGAUUUCUUUGGAACUGUUGUGCUUGUGCUUGUGUUGUGGUGUGCUGUGCUAUUUUCACUUAUUUUUCAUUUUGUAUGUAAGUAUGUACUCGUAAAAUACUUUGUUUAUCUUAAUUAUUUCUAUACAAGUUUUUCACAAUGUAAAAAUAUCAUUUUUAUAGUGAGAAUUUAUGUUGAAACGUUAGAUUAUUGCUUAGUUUUUAUAGGGAUAUAUAAUGAAUAUUCUCAGUGUAGGGUUGUGGAGAUUAUUAACCUGGUAGCACUGAACGGCCGUUUUGUUUUAUUGUGGGACUCCACAGCAGUGUGUAUCCAUGGUCCUACUAGCCGGAUUCAAACCCAGGACCUGUCGAUCUCGUGCGCGAACGCUUAAGCUCUAGACCAUUGAGUCGGCAUCCAACAGUGUUAAUGUCUAACCUCAACCAAUCCACGAAACUGCGCGACCAUCUUCUAUUGUACUGAGGUAGAUAUCUGUCACUACCCGAUCACAGCUUUUCACUAGAACUCUGAGAAUUCCCUCACGAAGCUAGUCAAUAGUGAGCACAUGGUAAUUAUUAGUAAAGGGUUGUGGAUAUUAUUAAGUUUUUGAUUGAGAUCAUGAACUGAUUGAUGUUAGACCACCAUUGAAAACCUGGAAGCAGGUUAGACAUCAAGCCGUUGGAUGCCGACUCAGUGGUCAAGAGGUUAAGCGUUCGCGUGCGAGACUAAAGGCCCUGGGUUCGAGUCCCGUGAGUGAGAUAGUGGGUUUACACUGCUGAGGAGUCUCACAAUAGGACGAAACGCUCACUCAGUGUUUUCAGGUUUUCAAUGGUGGUCUAACACCAAUCAGUUCAUGAUCUUAAUCAAAAAUAUAAUGAAUAACUUAUAGGUUAAAAUGAUUGUAUGAUGAAAUGAAAAUCACAUUUUAUUAUAUAUUAGAAGACACUGAAUAUGAUGUAAUUCUCACAGCGAAACAGUUAUUGAAGACUAUAAAGCUUGUUGCAUUCUUAGUAGGACUGUCAACGUUAACUGGUAAUUCCCAUAAUUCAGUAGUAUUAGAAAACCUAUCUCGAAUACAAUGAUAAUUGGCCUUAACACAAUGAAUACUAAAACAAAACUAAGUCAGAGGGUUACAGACACUUGUCUGAUAGUUUAAUCAAAGUCCAUAUAUUUAUAACCAAAACUAUACUGAAAUAAAUACAGGGUAGAAAGAACCUAUUUAAAAUAAUGAACAAGUCCAUUUGAUGUAAUACAGAUUCUUGUUUUGACUCAAUAACCAAUGAAGGCAUCUGUUAUGUAGACUUAUGUUCAAAUGAAUCACCAAAUAAUUCAAUUUCGAAUGAUUAAAUCCUUUCAAUUAAGUAAGAUACCACUUUUGUGCAUUUGACUGAAAUAAUCCAGAUAAGGAAGUUUACUACCAAUCGUCAGAUGGAGCAUUUAUGUAGCUUGAUUUUUACUCAAAUAUAAAUGUAAAGAUUUUGUAAAUAAAAUGGGUUUUGAAUAAGCGCUUCUCUAUUUUAUAAGUAUAUGCCUGCUAUUAACUUGUAAUUUGAUAAUGUUAACGAAAAAUGUUUUACGUUUGAUAGUUAUUUAGGGUAACCGGUUGUUCUAGAAAUAAUUCAGCAGAGUUUAACAGGUAAUAUCAAAUGAUUGUCGGAUUUCAACGUAUAUAUCAGAAACAUUGACUACUAAAUGUACUAAUUGCUUUGUAUUGUAGGCAUUUUGAAGCAUAUUCAAAGAAUAUAUAUAUGUUUAUGUUUUUAUCAAUUCCUUUCCUAAUAUGAGGGUAGAUGUUAUUUAGGCCUUGUAUGUCAGUCUUUUUGUUUCUCCUCAAUACAGAGAAAAUUCAUUUUUACUCAGAGGUAGUAAAUGAUCUCUUGCUCAAAUAUUUAAUUACUCUAUUUACCAUUAUUUUGAUUUUAAUUAAUUCUGCUCAAUUAAGCGUCUGAACAACGAUAUAUUUCAUUAGUGGAGCUUACCUUAAAUAUCUAGCAGUCAUUUAGAAAUAUCACUUGUGCACUACCAUUUGAUCUUUAUCAUUUACAGUGGAUGGCAUAUUUCAAGAUCCUACUAAUGAUUCUACAAUUCAGAAAUUCAAACAAUUCAUAAUAAACCAUUGAUAAGAUAUCUCUUACACUGUUAAUGAUUCCCUAAUAUUUCCAGAAUGAAUUGUGAUAUUCGAAUGAUUUGGACACAAGUUCUCAAUCCACUUUCAAAUCAAUAACCUGGUUUCCCCUUUGAAUGAAUUUCGUUGUUUCAGGUCUCACCUGUUAACCUUAGACGUCUCAUGUUCAUCGUAUAUUUUGUCAACAGCUGUUACAUUUUUUAGCAAAAAAAUAAAUCAAAGUCAAUAUAGAUAACUAGUACAGAAGUUGUAGCCAGAACAAUUAUGACCCAUGCUGUGCAUCAAUAUUUCUGAGCCAGUAAAUGCUCAAUUUGUCAGGUUAGUGUCACGGCUCACUGACAGAACUAUCCAGUAGUGGCAGGUGUUUUCUGAUAUGAUAACCAUAGGUUCUUGUAUGCGAUAAUAAGUCUUAAUUUACUUAGUUGAACCUCAAAGGAUUCUUUCAGGAGUAUAAAAUCAAACCUACACGUUCACGAUCAUACCAUUCAUGGUUUAACCCCCAAGCGUCGGUUAUUGUGUUUACUCAAAGAAUUUUCACAUCCAUUAUACCUUACAUUUAUCAGAGUUAAGUAAUUAUUUUCCAUUGAUUUGUGAAUAAGUCUGUAACUUAUUUAUAACAUUGGUUCUAUAGUGUCUAUUACGAAUAAAUACUCACAUGAUUCAUCUUAUCUUUUGAAGAAGCCCUAGUAACUUAGCACGUGACAAUUGAGUCAUUUUACCUUCAUAAUAACUGUUGUUUUAUAGUACAUAGUAAAUUGCGAAUUUCAGCACACACAAUAUUUUUAUUUUUAUGCUCUUGUAUGUCUACACUCAUGCCUGGUAUGUACUCGUGUGAGUUUGUCGUUCAUUAUAUUAUCCAAUCCCUAUCUUUCCCACACUACACAUUAUUUAUUUUGUGCCAUAUAGCUGCUUGUAGUGAGUUGGCAUGUUUGCCUUCUGAAGUCUGCUUCUCUACUUCGUUUAUCUGAUUACCUUUCUAGAUCAGCGAUCAUAUGAAAUAUACGUAUCUCAAAUCCAUUCUCGUGUUUGAUUUAUUUUAUUCCGUUAUCUUAUAAUGCUGAUUAAGUCAAUAAUUAUAUGCGAAGGUAGCCGACAUUUAUCUUUCUUAGGUAUUAGCAUACCAACAAAUCGGGGUCAGAGAAAUGGGACGCUAAAAUUCCAAAGUUUAUAAAUACAUUUAUACGCAUGUGCAGUUUGUUUAGAAGAACUAAAUGCUUCAUGCCAUUUGUUUUGAUCCUGUAAUGGUCAUACAAUACAGUUCGAGCCAGCGAACCUCAAAUUCUAGUACUUGUUAUGACUCCGAAAUGUCAUUUGGAAGAUUUCUUUUUUGAGUAACUUGUAACUGGGAAGUAGAAAGGGGAUUUAUGGGAUGGACGAUGUGUUGUGUGGCGUCCUGCCGUAAAAUUGUGGUCUACUUCGGUAUUGUUACUACUAUAAUGAUAGACGUAAUCCUAAAAUUUUAGAUGUGUUAUGAUGUGGCUAUCUAAUCUAUAAGAUAUUACAUGAAAGUCAAAUCAAAUUCUACGCUAACUCGUCGCACGUGACAAUCAGUAACAUAACUCCUACCACUUCUGAAGAACAUAUUUUGGACUGGAUAGAGGGUGAUGUAUUCAACACUAAAACAUGAGGUUACAUGGAGUAACCACACCCACAUGACUGAGUCGUUCCAUCUCGAUUCAUUGUCCCUGCGUUUACCAUUAGUGACCUCGAAAUGUUACAUGUUGAAUGUCAAUCUUCUCAGUAAUCAUGUGUUCAGCUUCGAAAAUCGUGUGUUUAGGAACCAAUACCACUUCACUCCCUCUGUAUCUCAAGUCUAGAUUCAAACUGAUCACAUCGCAACCAGAUACCGCUGAUAAGCACUGAGUUUAUACAGGGUCCUUGCAACUCCCUGUAGCACGUCGAUCCACUCAUGUUAACCGCGAGUAUGAUCAUCAACGAAGAUUGCUACGUAAUGAACAUAAGCUGGUAAUUAAUUGCACUUCAUGGUCUGGCUCAUGCAGUAGUGGUCGCACUAUUUUCUUUUUACCUUAUCUUACCAUCAUAUUUUUGUAACAACUUCGUUUGUAUUGUACGGUAAUCAAAACAGCCAUAAUACCUUCAUACGAUGAAAGGGUAAUGUACGUUAGGUAGAAACCGCAAGGUUUAACUAUGAAGUUAACUGGUUGGUCACACCAUUCUCGUCCAACUCGAUUAGGUCUCCAAUCAUUCGAUACAGAUCAUCUACGCUAGUGAUCUACAUUGUUGAGACGGACUAAAGAAACACAGCGUGUUAUUAAUUCACAUGUUUGCUUUAACUUAACCGAUCGAUUUUUACUUAUGUUAACCGAUUUUUCUAAUAAUCUGUUGAAUAAUGCUCACAUGUAUUGCCGUAUUGUAAUAUUGACUAGCAUUCAGUUUAAUAGCUUGAUUGAUGCCAAUAACUGAUUAACUAUAUUUGUGUUAAGCUAUGAUGGCUCAUCAACCGGCCUUAAUAGCAUUUACAUGCUUCAGUGAAAUACACAUAAAUACACAUAGGCUGGCAAUUAAUGCAAGCAAGAAUUGGAUAGUUAUCACCUAAUUCUUCAUCUUGUUUCCACGCUUAACAUUUUACUUUACUUCAAACCAAUGGACUGUCUGCUUAAUUUCCGAUUUUUGAGUUCCAGUGCCAAACAACGAAUUUAGUAUUCCAGAAACUUACGAUGGAUCAAAGCUAUAACGUUUCUGCGAACUUAAGCUCAUUUUAGAUUGUUAAAACGGUGAAUGACCAAGUGUUUAUCUGGGCUCUCAGAUCUGCACUGAGUCAACCGAAUGGAAAAGUCAACAUGAUCACUCACAUCCAGGAGUUAGUUGCAAUACUGCGUGCUUAAUCAGAUAUCUUUUGAACCCAUACUAUUUGUCACAACUGGUUUUUUAUACGUCAAAUAAACCAGAUUAUCUAGAUCUCGAAAAUAAUCCAGGAGAGUUUUACUUUUUGCUGAACGAUCUACCAUGAUUGUGCUACUUCUAAGCAUGCAUAUAUUUUUACUUAAACCGGCUGAAUAUAUUUCAUAUGAACCACUCCCAAGACCGUUCAUGUGACAAUAUAUUUCAUGGCUUCAAAUGACAACAUACCAUUAUGGGAGAGUGUGUUGUUUUCAGAAGAACUAUAUUAGAUUCAACAUUGAUUUGACACUUCUUAAUUCUGAUCAUCGUUACUGCAUAGUCGCGAUGUUACUAGGCUAACUACAGCAACCUCUAUGUUACAACCCGUCAUAUUUCUAACUGUAGUUCCAAAAGUCACGUCUUAACUUUUAGAUAUUUUUGGCAUAGCUUCCUUUUUUAGUUACCAUAUUCCUCAUCAACAUGCAGGUUAGAGUGGCUUGUAUGACUAUAUAGAAAUGCCAGACAUUCGGUGACGACAGAGACUCCAUCGAAGCUAUUAAAAGGAAGAAUUCUUCGGUCGCAUAUCAGAUGAUUGGAGUAUUUAGAAGUCACAUAUUAUCGUGGAAAUGAUCUUCGACCAUCCACGGGGAUUGUGUUGAAUAAUGUCGGGGAAUCUAUGGUGCGAAUUCUAGAUAUCGAUGACACAACCGACAUGUUGAUCAAAUACAAUUCUAGGAAUCAGUUUUGCUCCGGGAUCCUACAAAAUUGAAGAAUGACAUUUUGUCGACUAUUUGUGGAUCGCAAAUAAAUUUGGUAUCUAAAUUGGAGUUUGGUUCUGUUGUUAAUUUGGGUUCGUAAUUUGCAAGUAGAUCGAUAGUCCGUACUUCAAUAACUGGAACGAGCAAAACUUGGACGUAACAUAAAGUUCUUCAAUUUGGUCCUGUGUUCAUACUUUGGAUUAGUCUGGACAGUAAUUUGGGUCCAAAUUCUGGUUCUACAGAACGAAGGCGUACUAUGAAAACUCGAAGCAAAAGACAGAGGGAAAAUGACGAAUUGGACGGUAAAAUUUCCAGAGCUGUUUGUGCCCCAUUGAGAUAUGGAACGAGUGACUUCAUCCUGCACCAUUCUUGAAGCCUUAAAUAUUCCAAAUGGACAUAAGGUUGCGGUUUCUAGAAGCUUCCACCUUCAAUGGACCUAUCCUUGGCCAUCAGUUGCACAUUCGCAACUCAACUUUCAUGAAGCGCGCCAACUGUGAUACUGACUAAAACCAUCUACAUUCAUAUCUUUUAAAUUAUCAACCCAGAUGAGUAAUUUACUACAGUGGAUAUUGUAUCAUUUGUAACAAUUUGAUAUUGCCAGUAAACUGGCAUGCCUCAUGUAACAAACUGUUAUUUGAGAAUAAAUUAUUAUUAUUAUUA